AUGCCUUCAAAGUGGCAAAAUUUAAACAAGACGAGACUGCAAAAAGAGUGCAAGGACCGCGGGCUUUCAGUCGCUGGCAAAAAACAGGAUCUCCUGUCAAGGCUUUUGAAACAUCAUGAAAAUGAUGAAAUAAAAGUCAAGAGUUCUGAUUUGUCUGUUGGUGAUUUGCCGGGAAUCGAUGAAUUACAGGAUUGUUUGUUCGACGAGGAUGAUCCAUCUGAGGACGAGGGUGAUGACGAUGACGAUCCAUGGUACGUCCCGAGCGGCGCCUCUGAUAAUGACGAAGAUGGAAAAGGCGAGAAAUCCGACACUCCAUCAGGGGAGGAAUCCGCUCAAUCGACGGAGGAAUCCGACCCUCCAUCGGAGGCGGAAGACUCCGAUGCUCAAUCGGAGGACGGCAUUGAGCCGGAAAACGAAGAAGAGCCCGCUCCAAAAGUCGCAAAACCUUCCGUUGAAAUCGAAACAGAAACUGAAAAGAAGGGAGGCGAGAAUAAAAACGAGAGUUUAAAUGCUACGAGUGCACCGAUUCCUCUUGUUCUUCAAGCGCCAGCUGUUCCUUCUAAAACGAGUGAGCCCUCCAAACCAUUGUCGAAAAAGGAGAGAAGAAAAAAGAGACGACGCGAGCAAAAGCCUCGACUUCGCUCGACAACAUCGAGAAAAUAUAAUAAAAAAGAGAACUCUGGCAACGACGCCGAUUCUGAAGACGCUGACGAUGUUCCUCCUCCAGCCCCCAAAAUCGCCAACCUCGACUUCGACCCAAACGUCCCGGGGCCAUCCCGGUUCAUCAGAGCAUUCGUGGAAAAAGUAACGGGGCCAUUCAAAAAACCGCAAAAAGGCUACGAAGAAGUUGGAUCAGACAGUGAUUAG